ACUGCUGAUUGCAUACUCUGCCUUUGCUUCUGCUACAGCUGUAUGACAGGUGCCUUCUGUAGGGUUGCUUGGUGAAUGAGACGAUGUGGUUUUUACAUUUUAGACUCAUACCUUUGUUGCCUCUGUGUUCUGUACAUGUAAGCUUUAUUCGGAGCUUUCUCUUGUCCGUUAUUACUAUGUUUAGCCUUUCUGAUUGUACUCUUGCAUACAAGCACAUUGCACCAAAUAAGCAUUUAAACAUUUGUCACAUUAUCGCUUCUAAUAUCUGCAUAAAACACUGUAUAUUGUGAAUGUUGUGCAUUCUUGGUAUUUCAGUCAAAGAUGUUUCAUCAACUUGGUCCUUGAACAAUCACACAUAUAUAUGUGUCUAACGAGCAAAUGUGAAAUGUUGACCAAUGCACUUUGUUUUUGAAGUUGCCAUAAAGCCAUUUUCAUAACAGUCAACUAAUUUGUGUCAGUCAGUACUAGUCUCUUUUAAUCUUUUUGACAUUUCACACCUAGGGAUGCAGCGGCUGCAAUUAAAUGAGGGUGAAAUACAAAAGCACCUGCAUACUAGCGUUUAUGUGUGCGUUAGAAUACGCUAGGUGGUUCCAAAUUGAUCCAGAAAUCUCCAUUACUGCCUGAUUCAUGACAGUAGUGUGGUGUUUCCGUGUAAAACCCUUGAACUUAAUUUAAUUUGCUGCUCAAACGAAAAGCAAUACUUGAGUAACCUGUCUUGUAACCUUUUCUGUCUGCAGCUUCAGGGUCUAUCACCCAGCCAGCGGCUAUGGAUACUGAGAAGCCACAAAGGAGACGUCGUCACUGUUGCAACUUGUGCAGCUACGAGACUGAUAAUACGUCCGAUAUUAAGCGACACGCCAGGAUGCAUACGAAUGAUCGGCCGUUUAGGUGCCACCUGUGCCCAGAGGGUUUCCAUGACGGGAGCACACUGAAGAAUCACUUGCGAAUCCACACAGGCGAGCGCCCGUAUAAAUGCCAUUUAUGCCCCCAAAGCUUCACGCAGCGGUCUUCACUGAUUGCGCAUGUGCGCAUCCACACUGGAGAACGGCCAUAUCAAUGCCCUUCGUGCCCCCAGACGUUUAGGAAUGGGUCAAACCUCAGAAGGCACCUUCGUGUGCAUGUACGCCACACAUUCACUUUCUUCAACCUCUUUUUAAUGACUCUGCUUUUUAGUUUCUCCAAGAGAGUGGAGUUGAUUGCUCUUGAAACUUCAGGGUCAAUCACCCAGCCAGAGAGCGGGGAUACUGAGAAGCCGCAUCGGGGACGCCACCACCGUUGCCCCUUCUGCAGCUACGAGACUGAUAUUGCGACCAGUAUUAAGCGACACGUGAGGAUUCAUACGGGCGAGCGGCCAUUUAAAUGCCACCUGUGUCUCCAAGCCUUCAGACAAAAGACCGCAUUGAAGGAUCACCUGCGCACCCACACAGGAGAGCGACCGUAUACGUGUCACCUGUGCCUCUCAAGUUUCUCACAUAAGUCUUCGUUGACUGGUCACCUGCACACCCACACGGGCGAGCGACCACACAAGUGCCACCUGUGUCCCCAGAGCUUCUCACUGAAAUGCGCACUGAUCACGCAUAUGCGCAUCCACACAGGAGAGCGGCCAUAUCAAUGCCCUUCAUGCCCCCAGACGUUUAAGCAGGGGUCGCACCUCAGAAGGCACCUUGGUGUGCAUGUGCGGCAGUGAUAAUAGCAAUGCGAUUUCUACUGUAUGAGUUUGUUUUUUCUUUAUUUUUUUGUACAGGUUAUUUCAGAGCACUGUGGCAUUGCUGGUUUAUGUAGGACAACAUUAAAGUUUUGGGUCUAGUAGGGAUAGCACAGCUUUGUUAUUAAAGCAAAAGCCUUGGAUUAUGUGAGUGAUGCAAGAAUUCAUCAUAUCGUGACGUCAGCAUAUGACGUCAUCGUGACAUCACAUGAUGCAAGAUUUGUGACAUCGUCCUCAAGUCACUAUGGCGCCACAUGAUGACUUCAUCACAUGACAUCAUCACUAGGUCAGAGGUGGGCAGAUCUCAGAGGCACUGCAAAACCAUGUAAGGUGCAGAGAGCUUCCGAUGCCUCUGAUCUCAGAGUCAGUGCAAAACCACAUAGGGUGGAAAAAGCCUUUGAUGUCAAAUACAAACGACAGUGAAGCAAGAUUACUUUUGCGCCUUCGAGGCAUCUUAGGCAAAUGCAUGUAGAGCCGUAAGUUUUUGUCAAUAGAGCAUCUACAUACAUGUAGUAGAAUGUAAUAGAAUGUUGUGAGAAUGUUUCGUUAUUUCUUAGUCCUUUGUUACAGUGUUCUUCACUAAUCAUUCAAAUAUUCUCUAUUUUAUAAGACCAAAGAAAACCCAUGUAUUUGUACUGAUGAGUGACCAUGAAGACAUAACACCAUUAUAUACCUCCAAACUGUGUAUGUGUACAUUUUGUAAUAAUUUUGGGAGUCUGAAUUGGGAAUCUACAUGCACAUUCUUGAUGCUUUGUGGCAUUUCGUAAGACUGGGACAAGAAUUAUUGCCAUUGUGGUUUGGGCUACAUUGCCAUAGAAUUCUCAUUGUUGGACGUAGCAGUUCAUAUAGGGUGUGAUAUGAUCUUACCUUAAAACAUUCAAGCGCUACUUUUGAUGAGGACAGGGCAGACCAUUUCAUGACGGGACAGGCAUCAAAAUUAGCUCUGGAAUAUUUUAAGAAUGUCUCGUCAAUUAGACUCGCAAUGUGUUCUGAUAAGCGAGCGAUCCUGCAAUCAGUACUCUGGGGAAUGUCGAAGAAAAGCCGUCAAGAGUGCACACUGCAUUGAAGCUCCUAACAAGUGAGAGUGGAGGGGAGUGUGCCGUAUGAACUGCAGAAAGUUAUGAGCAAGUCUGUGCAGGGGAGGAAAAAGGCAAAACUUCACUUUGCUAAGAAAGCAUGAUUGCAUGUGGGUUUUCCAUAUUGUCAGUGUAUUUUUUUGUAGGAAAGUUGUGUGUGCAGAUUCAUAACUAACAUGGAUGCCUUGUAACAGUGUCGGAUCUCAGCACAAUUUUCAAGAUUUUGAAGAACCGACUACCUUGGAAUUUAUUACCUUGAAAUCUCCAUGUCAUGCAUUGGCAAUUUCUUUUAAAUUUGUGAAUGCAAUAGAUCCAAUCCUGUUCCAUGGUUUUGUAAUAAUGAGUACCCUUUUGCUGAAGGACACGUUGGAACACGACCAUAUCGUUUUAGGCUUGCGUACUAUUUUUCUUAUGCGUUGCUCUUCAAAUGUAAGUUAACAGCCUGGUAAAAAUUUACUUUCUUUUUGCGUCAUGUUACUUUUCAUUAAGGACUGUGCUUUUCUUUCUACUGUGUUCCUGCUGUUUUCUGUUGAGUUUGUUGGUGAAGGACAAAUUGUGGUCUUUUUAUUAUAGGGUCAUACUUUCCUUGCCUCCAAGUUCCGUAUCAUUUGUAUUGGUCCCUUUUGCAUACAGGCACUUUGCACCGAUCAACCAUUUCUGAUGUGAUCACUGCCAUAUGUUUUUCACACUGAAUAAAUUAUAGUGUUUUGUGAAUAUUAUGAAUCCUUGAUAUUUCAAUGCUCACGCUAAAUGUGUAUCAGAUCAUUAGUAUUUUAUAAUGCAGAAUGUUACAAUGGAAGUCGAGUGAUAGCACUGAUUUGGUCAUUUGCUAUUGCCAUUGUAUUGUAGGCAGUUGCAUUGAUGAGUUUUCUUCAUUUAUAGUCUUUGUUGUAGAAAUG